GCUCCCUAGGUGGGGUGGGCUGUGAGCUCAGCUCAGCAGGCGGCCGGUGGUGGCCGUGGUGUCUGCCGGCCGAGGCUGCGGGGGGCCGUCUGGGCCGAGGAGAGGGUGACGGCCGGCAGCCUGUCAUUAGUGGUGUGGGGCAGUGACGGAGGGCCCAGCCCCACAGGGAGCCCGCCCUCAGCCCCCCACCCCCUCAUUGAUCUGAGAAGAAUCCCAGGAAUGGGAAGUUGGCCCUGGAUGAUGUUGACACAGGAAGCGGGGCGGCCGCGGCUGAGGCGAGGUCUUGGCUUUUCCCAGCCGGACCAAUGACCCCCCCAGGCCCCCUCCGACCUGCCCUGUGUCAUCUCUGACGGAGAUUCUGGCCCCUGAGCCCACAUGUUUACUGUGGGGGGCACUUACCGCCAGCCUCGCCUCCCCAUUGGCGCUGAAUGAGGCCAGGUGUCUCCUGCAGUUUUCCCGCGGCCCAAGCCCCACUGUCUGCCCUCCCAGGGUCCCAAGGACCUUGAACCUUCUUUCUGGGGACCCAGAAAUGUGGAUUCCCAGCCUGCUUCUCCUUUGGGGGGCCCAGGUGUGCUGAGGCCCUGGCCUCCCCCUCUCUCCCAGACCCAGGCAUUCUGGUCCCCCAGCCCCCUCCUCCCUAAGGGACAGGCUCAUUGAGGUGUCCCAGGGCCUGGGCUGAAGGAUCCAGACCCCCCCAGCUCCUCUGAGGCUGUCCCCACACCCCCCUUCUCCAGAUGCUAGCCAGCCUCAGUCACCAACCAGGCUUUGGGCUAGCUUCAGGGGAUUUCCCAGCAGCCCCUGCCCUCAAGGAGCUUCCAUCCUCUCAGGAGACGCCAUCGGGCUCAUUAAGGAGAAUGCAGCAACAGGGAGGGACCUGGAGUCUGUGGCUUCCCAGUAGCCGUGGCCUCCUCUGGCCUCAGUUUCCCCAUCUGGUAGCUGCGGCUCAGGAAGGCCCCGCACAGCCCCUCGGGCGAUGGAGAUUGCUCUGCUGGGAGGCUGCCCUGUCAGAACCUAGAAGGGAGCCGGAGGUUCCAAGAGGAGUGGAAUCAAAAAGUUCUUCUACCCACGGAGUGAGUUGCAUGAGGGAGAAGGCCGUGUCCAGCACCCUGCCUGGGUCCCUGAGGGAGGAGCGGGCUGGGGUCCUCCCUCAAGAGGAGGCUAGAGGCCUGGGCCGCCGCUCGGUUCCUCGCCUCCACCGAGGGCUGGAGCGCGGGAUUCCCAGAAGCUGCACUGCUGCUAUCAGGAAGGGAUCUGCUACCACCAGAGGCUGGACGAGAACAUGCGAAAGAAACACCUCUGGACCUUGAGCUUAACGUGUAUCGGCCUGCUUCUGCUCAUCUUUCUCGCCUGCUUCUUCUG